AUGGCGGCGCCCGGGAGGGUGGGCAGCCGCUCCGCACAGCUUGAGGAGCGGGCCGACUCCUCGGAGCCCGUUCCCACCGCGUGUCCCGCGCCCUUCGAGCGGCCCGCGGAGCCGGGAAAGGCCACGGAGCAGCCGGGCAGGUCCCUGUGGGAGCGGAUCUGCGAAGAGUACGAAGCGGAGCUGCCCCCCUUUCCAGAGGAGUACAGAAUCCAGCCAGAAGCCAUGAUUUCCGUUUCACCGAUGGAAGAAAACCUUUUCCGAGGCUUCAGUGCAGAGCACCGUUACCCAUUUCCUCAUUGGGCCACAGGCUCACACAUACCUUGCACUCAAAUCAAAUCGGAAACAACUGAUCCCAAAACCUGUCCCCCCAAAGAAUUUUUGGAAACGUUCAUCUUUCCAGUUCUGCUUCCCGGUAUAGCGAGCCUGCUUCACCAGGCAAAGAAAGAAAAAUGUUUUGAGAGGAAAAGGACCAAGUUCAUUGCCUGUGAUUUUCUGACUGAGUGGUUAUACAACCAAAAUCCAAAGAGGAUAGGGGAGCCGUUCACAGAUUUCUUCUCCAUUCCCUUCGUGGAGCAAUGGCUGAAGCAACACCCACGGCCGCCCAUCCCACUGUCCCUGCUGCUGACAGAAGAGGAGGCGGCGCUGAGCAUCCAGUCCUUCUGGAGAGCCUACUUGGUUCGCUGUGAUCCUGAGAUCCAGGAGCUGCGUCAGUGGCAGAAGAAGCUGCGCGAGGACAAGCACAUCCGCGAGCGGGUCAGACUCUUCUGGGCCAAGCAAGAGCAGAAAGUGAAGCAAACCAUGGAGGAGCAGGAGGCGGCGCAGGAGGGCGAGGCCGCUGUCGUCCCGACUCCGCUCCUUGA